UGGCUAUUUUAUUUUAUUUCAUACCAGGAAUCAAACUCAAAUUUUUAGGCUACUUUCUAGGGAGGGGGUGAAAUACAGGGAUAUCUGGGCCUGGUUACCCCAAAUUCUGAGAACUCAGUUUUCAGUUAUCCAGAUCUGGCCUGCUGGGUCACAGCUGGGUGUAUAGAAACCUACAUUCUCUAGUUCUGGGCUGGUUUUGGUGCUGUCCGUUCCCUAGUCCUGGUGGCUGAGGGAAAAGGGCUAUGUUUGCCAGUGACCUUUGAGGUACAGACUUCCCAAGUUGAGCUCCAGUUUCAGGAGUUUGCUCUUUUACAGGCUUCUAAUUUUUCAUAAUGUCUUUGCUUAGUUCUCUUGCCUACGAAUUUAGGCCUAUCCUACUCUGAAGACAAACUGUGUGCAGAAGGAAUGUGAGAAGUCCUGGCUCUGCAAAGUAUUGGUCUAAUCUGUGAGCCUGCUGUUAGUUUCCUUUCCUUCUGUCCCAAUAUCCCUGCCUAUGAUCAAGCUGUGUUCUGCCCUUAUUCUGGUCUCUAGUAACAUUGGUUACUGAAAGCAGUUUCCUGCCUUGAUUAUUUUCCAUUGCCCUAGCCUAGCUGGGAGUUUCCUCUGGACUUGAUUUGUAGUCCUGAUAACUCUACACUAGUGUACAUACAGCUGUAAAAUUCCAAAGUGUUUAUCCUGCCAUAAUUCUUGCAUGUCUGAGGUGGAUGUCGCUAUUAUGUCUAUCUCUUCCAUGAGUCAGAUGUCCAUUCCUGGAUCACCAUCUGUAUGUUCUUGUCUUAACAUUACCACCACUAAUUCCAAGAAGAACCCUCCAACCAGCCAGGAAGCCCCUUUCCAACACCUGCAAGAUUCAGCUCUUGGACAAGUGCACACUUUUCUAAGCUACCGUCUCCCCAUCCCCAAAAUGAAAGAAACUCAUAAUUUCAUGAAAUAAUGCUCUUCCAUCUAAGUAACCAGGGCUCCUCUACUCACACGUGGGAUGCAGGGCCCCUAUUUCUCCUCCUCCUCAGGCCCUAGGGUGUGUCCAUUGUGGUUUGUUGUGCAGAUCCAUCCAAUUACCCCUUUACUCCAAUUCCGAGGAAUGUUUCUGAAGGAUUGACAAGACAUUAAAUAAUAUACCGCUAUAGAAACUACAACUUCCAUCAGGCACUACAGCGGAACAGGAAAGGAUGUGGGGGCGAGGCUGUAAGAGUAGCCCGGAAAACGAACUACAACUCCCAGGUUAGCGCGGGAUCUCAGCUGAGUGAAAGAGGAGUCAGAACUCUCACUGGAGGCGGGACAUUCCUGGAACCACCUCUAACAGCCUCCAGAAAAGGGUGUGGUCAAAAUUGAGAGGCGUGGGCAUAUGGGCAUCAGGAGGAAGUUGCCUGUUGAAUUUCUCUGUCCUUUCUCUUCCCGACCUUUGUAGUUAUUCCUAAGGGGGAAGCCACUGAACAAUAAACCUCUGAAAAAGAGGUAAGGAGAGGUAGGCAGGGGCAGCGACCGACUACUGCAUUCCGUAGGAGGGGCCCAACAGCUACUUUUUACCUGCUAAGUCAGGUGAACCGGUUCACGGGGCGGAGACCCGCAUAUGAGAAAAGGGCAAGGACAAGGGAGGUACUGUGUUCAUUCUGAAGACUACAUCUAGAAUCUGCAGACCUAUUUGUGGGGCUCGACUGGCCACGGAAGGAGGGAAGAACUGAAGGGACUUUGACAGCAAAAGAAGCCUGUCCGGGCUACCUCUCUUGUGUGUUUUGCCUAGCCAAACACUAUAGGGUAGCAUGGCUUCUACCGUCUGGGGGAGUGCCUCUUGGUGGGGCCCCCCUCCGCCGGCCCCAGCCCGGCCGCUCACGGACCUGGACUUCUGCUCUGGGGCGCAGCUGCAGGAACUGACCCAGCUGAUUCAGGAGCUCGGGGUGCAAGAAAGCUGGAAUGACGGGCCGCAGCCAGGAGCAGACCUCCUCCGGGCAAAGGACUUCGUCUUCUCGUUGCUUGGUCUAGUUCACCGCCAAGACCCGCGUUUUCCUCCUCAGGCAGAGCUUUUGCUACUUCGUGGUGGGGUUCGCGAGGGCUCCCUGGAUCUGGGGCAUGCACCCUUGGGUCCCUACGCCCGCGGACCUCAUUACGACGCUGGCUUCACUCUUCUAGUCCCGGUAUUUUCGCUGGACAGCACUGGGUCAGAGCUGCAACUGGACCUAGAAUCCUGUUACGCAUGGCUCCGCCUCCCAGAGCUGGUUCUCGGAACCUCCGUACGGGAAGCGUGGCAAGAUUGCCUGGGACCCCCAGUCCCAGGACGUGAUUUGAUUCACCAAGCAGAGAACGAAGGAAGCCCCAAGGACAGCUUGGUGGUCCAGCCGCGCAGUCACAUCACUGAGUCAGAUCCGCAUCUAGUUUUGGAAAAAUCGCCUAGUGACCUUUCAGGGCCGGACUCGUCUCAGCAUGACGUCACCCACCUUGGCUCUUCCGAACCAUUGCAAGAACUGAGUACUGACAUCACUCAGUCAACCGUCGAAGGUCCAGAAGGUCUAGUUCCACAGAUGUCGGAGGUUCGGGAGGCGUGGCCCACGUUGUGUCCCGCUCAGGUGGCGGCCUGGUUCUUUGCUACUGUGGCCACAGUUGCCGAGUCCCUCAUCCCUGUCCCGGGGGCUCCGCGCCUCGUGCAUGCAGCACGCCACGCGGGCUUCACCACGAUUCUCCUAGCAACGCCAGAGCCCCCGCGGCGCCUGCUGCUCUUCGACUUGGUCCCAGUGGUGUCCGUGGCAGGCUGGCCAGAGGGAGCUCGGAGCCACUCAUGGGCGGGGCCUCUGGCCUCCGAGUCAGCUUCCUUCUACCUGGUACCAGGCGGCGGCACCAAGCGGCAGGACGCCUCAGGCUGGCAGCUCUGCUUCGCCCGCCAGGAGCUAGCGCUCAAGACACGCGUACCGGCGCCGCUACUGCAGGCGCACGCGGCUGCCCAGGCGCUACUGCGCCCGCUGGUGGCCGGGACGCAGACCGCGGCGCCCUACCUUCUGCGAACGCUGCUGUACUGGGCUUGCGAGCGGCUGCCAGCGCUCUACCUGGCGCGGCCAGAAAAUGCGGGCGCCUGCUGCCUCGGGCUGCUGGAUGAGCUGAGCCGCGUGCUCGAAGCUGGGACAUUGCCUCACUAUUUUCUGAGUGGCCGAAAGCUCCGUGCGGGGGAAGGUUCCGCUACCCUCCUGGGAGCGUUGGUCCAGCUCCGCGGGGACCCUGCCCGGGCCCUGCGUGCAGCGGUGGAGGAAGCCAAGGUUGCCCGCAAGGGGGGUGGCUUGGCAGGGGUGGGGGGUGGGGCCCAUUAAAGACUCCACUACCCG